CCCAGUUUUAUGACCCUCCCACUGUAGGGGUCAGGUACCCAAACUGAGUGAUCCCAACCAUUUCUUUCCUUUGCAUCAUCCUUUUACAACUGCUACGAUCUUCUCGACGUCUUUCAGGCGCCAUUCUCUUUGCCUACCUAUUGAGCUAUCUUAGGUACCUACCUAUACACAUACCUAUUAAUCAACCGCAGCUCCAGCCUACCUGUAUCUAUCUAUGAUCGUUAUCCGAAUAAACGCAUCCGCCGUCACGUCAUCGCACGCGUCCAUGCUGUGAACAAACCGAACAUGACAAGCCCCGCAACUCUACACCCAGACCUCCCAUCACCUGAGGCUGCAGUCUAUCGCGUCAAGCCUGUGGGUUGACCACGGCUCCUACCUUUGUUUUCUUUCUGUAAAUUUCAAACGCCGUUCAGUACAUAGCCGCCUAGGAAACACUCGCGAGGCCCGCGGCGGCCAGGCAGCCAGCACGACGAGAUGGCGACCCUCUUCCAGUCCUUCCGGGGCUCGGCCAUGCCCAAGCGAUUGCUUCGCUACGCCCUUGCACGCCUCGAUCUGCUCGACUCGGAUGCACUUGACUUGGACAAUCUAGAUCUCGCCAUCGGCCGGAAUACUGUGUUGGAAUUUCGUGAUGUUGGCAUCAAGCUUCCGAAACUGGCUAAGCUCCUUGGCCUGCCGCCUACGUUCACCCUGCUAAAAGCCAAGGUUAUCCUACUCCGCAUCACGAUACCGAUGGACAUUUACAGCAGCGCUCUGAAAAUCGAGGUAGACAGGGUUGAUGUCCAGCUCAAGGUGGAGUCUAAGGAUGACAUUGAUGCACGGUCCCGGAAUACAACACGAGGACCUACGGAUGUGGUGCCCAACACCGUUGAUUUGGCACAGUCGUUCUUGGAACAACAGUCACCGAAAGAGAAGGAGGAGUUGGAAGCAGCCCUUGUCGCCGAGACUCAAGACGUCGGGGCUUCCCUUGUGCUCGGCGAGGAGGAGGACGACGAAGAUGAGGGUAGCUAUGGAACAGGCCAGGCCCUAUCAUUGCCUGCCUUCCUUGCCAACUUUCUCCAGGGUAUAGUGGAUCGCACUCAGAUACAGAUCCGCGGUGUUACCUUUCAGCUUGAUGUCAGUGUUCCUUUGGAACCCAACUUGACUGCCCCAGAUGUUGUCACUGUGAAGCUUGCGCUCGGCCAGAUCGAUGUUGAAGGGGUCACUACAAGCCUUGGACCAAAUGAACAAGAUGGCCCCAAGUUUGUUCAUAAAGAGGGCAAGCGCCAUGUGUCCCUGCAGGACAUCACCGCAUUCCUCAUAUCUGAAGCGAAUGUAUUCUCGACUUUUGAGAGGACCGCGUCUGUUCCACCCUCACUCAGCCCACAAUCUUCAGCUGCGUCGGCCCUGAGAAGUCCGGUAUCGCGAGAAUCUUCCUCCAUGUCUUUCCAGGAGCAAGAACUUGAGGGGCGUUCGACACAGUUUCCUGGAUUUGAGGAUAAUAUGGGGGACAGUGAAGCUGCACUCAACAUACCCUAUGACCUGAGUGAUGAGGAUGAUGACCAAGAACCCGGAAACGAGACGGCAGCAUCAUCAAUGUCUACACCAAGGGCCUCGAUCCUCCAUGACCACUUGGCACAUCGAGACGAAUCGCCUUUCCUGCAAAGUCAUACGCCACAUACGGCAGCGAUAUCUGACACACAUCUUGAUGCGGGCCAAUCGAAUGAAAUGUCACCACAGUCUUCACAUGGUUUAUCAACCUACAACCAAAUAUCCCUGACCAACUCGGUGCUAUCAAGUUCCAGCAGUGGAAGUUCAGGCCAAGAAGCCACCGAAGACCUCACAGAAUCACAUCUAUACACGCAUGAGGACGCAGAAAGCAUGUAUAUGAGCGCCUUUUCCCAGCAUGAACCUACCCCUCAUAGUGUGGUGCCGAAUGAAUUAGAUCCAAGUGAGUCAGGGGUAGGAGUACCCUCCCCACAAGGAAGCAGGGAUGAACCAAGUCUAUCGCCAAGCGCACCAUACGGCCUCGAAGAGUCCCAAGUUUCCUCAACAGCUGGGCUUCAAGGGCUGGAGAUGUCACAGGGGCUGGACGCAUCAACCGUAUCGGAGCAAAGUGAUUCUAGUCCUGUCCCAAUCAUUCCUCCUUCCACGGAUGGAGAUACCGAGGCACAGACAGAGUCUUCAGUUCAAGGAGAGCGGCAUGAUAGGAAAUCACAAUCACCGAACGAGUGCCCAACUCCCCGUGAGCCAACCCGGCUUGCUAAGAAGGUGCUGGCCCUCGAGACCCUUUCUCUUUACCUACCCUCUUCGCAAAAAAAUGUGCACGUUGUCCCGCUUGACGGCCAAUCGUCGCCUGAUGAACCACAACCGCUGAGCCCUAACCUUACCAGUUCAGCAUUCCCUCAUAUCCCUGGUGCAUUUGGUGCGAGUAGCUCAUUGCCUCCUAGCCCCUCUCCGAUGAGUUCUACACCUACCGAAGUGGAUGUUCAAGAGCCCAACGACGGUAUUCUUGAAGCAAUCUUGUCUCCCAUUAGCAUCCAGUUUGAUGCCUCUAUUGGCUUUAUUUUGGCGAUGGUGGUCUCAAAACUGCUUGGAGCUAUCAAUCCUGGCAAGCAGCAAGCAGCUCAGGAGACGGCGACGGCCAAACCGAACACAACGAGCGAUGCAACGGCUCAUCAAGCGGUCAAAGUCACGUUGCAGGCCGUUUCUUUACUGUUCUUGGAGCGACUAGGUGGCGUUUCUGAAGCACCAGACAGUAUGUUUGGCGUACGCACUUCAAAUUUCGAUGCAGAUAUACUUCUGCAAGCGCAGCUGCGAAAUGUUCAGUGUUUGCUGUCAUCGGACGAAACUGCGAUCGACGCUGAAAGCUUCACGUUUGGAUAUGCUGGAGAAGAUAGCCACAUCAUCUCAUUUGACAGGAGCAAGGAGAUGAUGGCCUCCGUCAAAGAUGCUAUACCAUCGCCAGGAUCGGAAGUUUCCAUAAAGCUCAAGAAGGCGGCGCCGUCUUCCAAAAUUGACAUUGCAACGUUGCCGCUUCAGAUAUGCCUCGAUCUUCGCCGCCUAGACGAGACUUUCAGCUGGUUUGGCGGUUUGAGUAGCUUCCUUAAUAUGGGCUCAUCCAUCGCCUCCAUCAAUGGCAUCGGCAACUCCCAGCCCGCAAAGCCACAAACACGUCCGGCCUCCCGGGGAGUCAAGUUUGACACUCCUAUAAAUCCCGACGAUCGCUCCGCCACGUCUGAUAACAAAAUCAAUAUGCGUAUCAACAUGGUACGACUGGAUUUGAUCGGCAAGGAUUGCAACGUUGUUUUGGAGACCAGUGCAUUCAAGCUUGUAAGCCGAGAUGAGGGCAUCGGCAUCGCCUUGCGCAAAAUCCAGGUGCAUGGACCGUAUUCUAACGAAAGUGGCGACCAUCCACCCAUUUCGGUUACCAUCACCGGGACGCGGAUUGAGUAUUCGAUGACUCCCAAGGAGGCUGAUUUGGAGCGUCUGUUGGAACUGAUAUCUCCGUCGAAGCUCAGAGACACCCCAGACGACGAUGAGAUUAUGGUUGACACUCUCCUUCGGCAGAGAAGAAAGGGAUCGGUCCUCCGACUCAAAUUCGACAACGUGGCUGCUGACAUUUCGAAUAUCCCACAUCUUGGCUGCUUACCAUCGCUUGGUGAAGAUCUCGCCCGACUGGGUACUGUUGCAAAAUAUCUCCCCGAGGACGAUCGGCCGGGCCUGAUGUCACUGGUCCUUGUGCGCAACGCACACGUUUCUGUGGAUGUCGGCGGCAGAUUUGGUGUCGUUGCAGCUUCAAUGACUCAUUUCGAUGUCGCGCACGUUACUGUACCGUCGCUGCUGGCGGUAGCAGCGAGAUCUCUCGAGGUCAACCGCAAUCAGAUAGAAGAGCUAGUAGGGUCUUCUCUCUUGGCGUCACAUGGCGAUGAGGAGACGCCUGUCCUAGUGGUACGGUUAAUCGGAGGUACUGUCGAGCCUACCAUAACAGUGAAACUCCGCGGACUCAACGUCGAGUACAGGGUUCCUACGAUCAUCGACCUCCUGAAUCUUGGCGAAGAUGCCACUCCGCAGGAUUUCGAAGCCGGCCUUGCCGCCUCUGUUGCUCACUUGGGCGAACAGGCUCAUGUUGCUAUCGCGGGAACGUCUGCUAUAACGGCAGGACACAGUCGCCAAAAGCUUCCUGUUGUUGAAGUAUACUUUCUUGAUUGCGUGGUCGGGCUCAAUCCUCUUGCCAUGACUUCCAAGAUGGGCAUUGUUCUUUCAGACAGUUGCCUCAAGGUUUGGCUGGAGGAGAAAGGCGAUGCCAAAGCAACCUGGCACAUCAAGCAGGCAUCCAUACUUUUGAUUGACGAUGUGGCUGUCCUUGACCCUGAAGGCAAGCAAAACGUCAAAAGACAUGUACAUCGACCGUCAGAUCCCGUCAGCGCCAAGAUUUGGGACAUGGACUCCGUACUGUGUGCUCAAGGAUUCGUUAGCAUCAGCCAGAUCCGAGCUGCCAUCAUACGGGUAAAAGCCAUACAGGACGAGGAUGGACAACGUCUUAUUGACGUAGAGGUCCAAGACAACUUCCUCGUUCUCGAGACAUGCGCCGACUCCACUCAAACUCUGAUCGGCCUAGGCAACGCUCUGAAACCGCCGACGCCACCCAGCAAGGAGAACAAGUUCAAAACAGAGAUUGUCCCUAUUGAAGACAUGCUGGCAUCUAUUUCACAGGACGCAUUCGGGAAAGCCGAAGGUGACUACAAUUUUGACGAUGAUUUUGGAGAGCCCGAGGAUUCUGGUUGGACCGAGGAUGACCUUGACGAAGACUUGGAUAUAAUGGGUACCUUGGAGUCGCAAGAUGGUGGACAGAACACACGACAGCUAUUGUUCGACGCUACUUCAUCUUCGAUCAUGUCGGAUCGCACGACGACGCAAUACGCUAAUGACGAGGUAAUAUUCAGCGGUUUCAGCGAGAACCCCAGCCACGCCAACAGCCCCGAUAUGUCUGUCGAGAAUGCCUUCUUUGCGUCCGUCCCUGCCAGCGAAACCCCACAGCCUGAGUGGAAGUCAGCAAAGAUGCGUGAAGUUGUGCCCAAGGAGGCGACAGUGAAGAAGUAUCCCCUGAAAAUAAAGAUUAGGGAUAUGCACCUGAUUUGGAACUUGUUUGACGGGUACGAUUGGCAGCGGACAAGGGAUACUAUCGGCAAGACGGUGGAGGAGAUUCAGGCAAAAGCAUACGAACGAAGGGCACGGAUGGACAGGCGAAUGGGUUAUCACGAAGAAGACGGGCUUGAGGAGGAAGCUGUGAGUGACUUCCUGUUCAACUCGAUCUACAUCGGGAUCCCAUCGCAUCAGGAUCCGCGAGAACUCUCGCAAAAUAUCAACCAAGAGUUGUACGGCAUCAACCCUUCCGACACAGAAUCAGUCGCAACGACAGCAUUUACCACUACCACUAGCCGCGUGGGUGGACCAUCUCGACCAAAAGGGAAAAGGCUAAAGCUCACCCGGAGCAAGCAUCACAAGAUCACGUUUGAGCUCAGUGGAGUCAAUGCAGUAGUACGACUGCUCGAGCCUGGAUCGGAGGAGACACAAAGCUUGAUAAGAGUACACAUCCGCGAUCUCGACGUUUACGACCACGUGCCUACGUCUACUUGGAAGAGAUUUGCAAUGUACGAUGAAGAUCAUGGCCCGCGCGAGAUGGGCGUCCCAAUGGUCGACCUCAAGGUGCGCAUCGUCAGGCCUGUGCUCGACGUCACUGCCGAGGAAAUAGUCAUGUUUGUGAAUGUUCUUCCGCUGCGACUGCAUGUCGACCAAGACGCUUUGGACUUCAUAACACGCUUUUUCGGGUUCAAGGAUGAUACAAUCAAGACGACAAGCUCUCCUAGCGACGUGCCAUUCAUCCAGCGCGCCGAGAUUUUUGACAUACCUGUCAAGCUCGACUUCAAACCUAAGCGCGUCGACUACGCAGGUAUUCGGUCCGGUCGCACAACUGAGUUUAUGAACUUUAUCAUUCUUGACAACGCUAGUAUGGUGAUGCGGCAUGCGAUUAUUUAUGGGGCAUUGGGAUUUGAGCGAUUCGGUGAGAUGCUCAACGAUGUUUGGAUGCCCGAGAUCAAGCGCCACCAGCUGCCUGGUGUUCUUGCCGGUCUAGCACCGGUACGGUCACUCGUUGAUGUUGGCAGUGGUUUCCGUCACCUUUACGAAAUUCCCAUCCGCGAGUACAAAAGGAAUGGUCGGGUUGUCCGCUCGAUUGGCAAAGGAGCGGCGGCUUUUGCUCGCACUACUGGCACUGAGUUGAUUAAGCUAGGGGCCAAGGUGGCAAUCGGGACGCAAAACAUGCUUCAGGGUGCCGAGGGCCUUCUCGUCGAAACCCCAGAGCACAAUAGGUAUGGAGGUCCGGGGCCGUCGACGGUGCAAAGACCCGGUGAAUGGGAGGAGAUCGAUGACUCAGAAGAGGAAACUCGCCACCAAAUCUCACUGUAUGCGAAUCAGCCCACGGGUGUCAUCCAAGGGUUGCGCCAUGGGUACAGAAGUCUUAGCCGCGACAUUAGCAUCGCGCGACAGGCCAUCAUUGCAGUGCCAGGUGAAGUCAGGGAGAGCUCAAGUGCGACAGGUGCGGCCAAGGCUGUUCUCGAAAAGGCGCCCAUUUUCAUUUUCAGACCCGCAAUAGGGGCUACCAAGGCAAUCGGUCAAACACUGCUGGGGGCGACAAACAGCCUGGAUCCGCAAAACCUUCGGCGCAUGGAUAAUAAAUACAAACCCGACCCUAAGUCCUAGCGGGCAGGCUGGAAAUGUGAAAGACCUGGGUGUGCUAGCAUGUGAUGACCUUUUUAUUUUUUUUAUUUUUUUAUUUCUAUUUUUUUCACGUGGAGCCCUGCGGAGGAGAGGUCUUUUUUUUUUUUCUUAUAUCAGUAAGAUCAGACAUCGGAUCCUUAUGUAGGUAGGGUAUCAUUCCUUUCAGACUGCUUUUUCUCGAGUAAGUAAGCGAUACGCAUAAGGUGUUUUACGGAUUAUAUUCGGCGGGUUGCCUGUUAAAUUGUUUUAUCUCUUUUGUUUUCGCAUUAGAUCCGGCGUCAUCACAUUCCUGGGCGGGUAGGAGUACUGGGCAUAUCUCGUAUUGAUUUUGUACUAAAGAUGCAGAUUGUUAACAUAGAAGAAACAAAUCAUUGCUC